GUGUAGUGGCAGAACUGUGACCGACCCCCACCAGCCACCGUCGUUUGUUUGUUUACAUCUAGUAACCAAGGCAGCUUUGUGCCUUCUGCUAAUUCUUCCCUUCAGUAAUCUAUCUCUGUUUUUCAACCUUUUUCUACUUUUCUGGAUUAAAUAUUGGUUCACUUUAUAAUGGUGAACUGCUCUAUCGAGGGUUGCAAGUCCAAAGUCGGCCGUGAGAAACUAAGUUUUUACACAAUUCCUGCUGUAAUUACCAGACAGUGUGAUUUGACAUUGGAGCUGUCAGAACGUCGAAGAAAAGUCUGGUUUGAGUGUAUUUACCGUCCGGGCUUUGAUGAGGCGGAUGCCCCUCGCUACGUGCGAGUCUGCUCCAAACACUUCGUCAAUGGUAAACCUUCGGCAUUAUUUGAUGUGGCAAAUGCUGACUGGGUGCCAUGUCUCAACCUGGGUCGCUCAUCACGGAUUUCUACAAGAAGUUCUGUUGCCAAAAAGCGUCCCACGGUUCAAAAGAAAUCAAAACGAUGCGAUGAUAGCACACCACUCAGUCACAGAAUAGUUGAUGGCGACGAAAAUGAUGAAAAAAUAUGUCCUCCAACUGUUAGUCUUUCUGCAGAGGAGCAUGAAAGAAUAGCAAAAGCAGAAACUACCCCAGGAAUUAUCUGCCAAACAGAAAUUACCUCAGAAGGCUUGUCGAGACUUGAGGAUAUGUACAAAAGUGUGCUAGAAGAGAACAUUGCUUUGAGGAAGGAAUUGAUUACUCUGAAGUCUCUUGUAAACGGAAUGUCCGAUGCUGAUGAAGGUCUAGGCAAUAGUGAUAAUGAAGGUGCACCAGCUGGACUGGAAAGAGUUGAAGUAAUUCUCAAAACUGAACUUGAGACAGAAAUAGAGCCAGAAGCCUGCCUUGGGCAAGACCCGUUUGCAGAGAGGAACCAGCCGCCCUGUGGGCCAGAUAGGCGACUGGAGAAGCAGAAGGCAGUGCAGGGCGGAGAGGGAACUCAAACGACACUCCGACUGCGUGAUGUCCGGCGUCCUCGAGCCGUGCGCUCCCAGAAGAACCUGGAGGACCCUCUCCCGGAUCCAGAACCUGAACCGGACUCUGGAUCUGAUCGUGGCCAGGCAUGUGCUGAUGAUGAGGAAAAUAAUGGGCAAGGCUCCGAGUCUGAUGAACCUGAACCUAAGCGUCGGAAAACGUAUCAACAGAAGCGGGAGAAGAAGUUCCCAUGUGCUGAGUGUGGUCAAAAAUUCAUCUCGAGGCAAGCACUGGAAAUUCACUUCAGGAUCCACACUGGGGAACGACCAUUUGAGUGUGCAGUAUGUCAGAGAGGCUUCAGUGUGGCCAGUACACUCAAGGCACAUAUGAGGACUCACACUGGGGAGAGACCAUUUGCAUGCAAUAUGUGUCCAAGAACCUUUUCAGAACAUGGGACUUUAAAAUGUCACAUGAGAACUCACACAGGUGAGAAGCCAUAUGAGUGUGAUGUAUGCCACAAGAAGUUCUCGGAGAACAGUACACUCAGAAGACACCUGCUUACUCACACUGGAGAGCGGCCAUUUGAAUGCAUGACCUGUCACAGUAAGUUCAUUCAGAAGUACAACUUGAAUAACCAUAUAAGACGGGUGCAUACUGGAACAAUUUUAGGCCUAUAAUUUUGAGUAGUGUCUAUCUGUGUUUGGCUACUCAGAUCUCAUUUGAAGUGUACUAGUCAUUUUAAAACUUUCCUAAUUUUGCGUGUUUGUUGUUGUUUAUUAUUUAUUAUUAUUAUUAUUAGUCUCAUUGUCUAGUCAGUGCAGAACUGUCAAUAAAUUUGUAAGUUGUGAUCUUUAGCUUUACCCCAAGAAAGUGAAAGUAAGAAGUUUAGUCUAAUUAAUAAAUGUGCUGUCCAUUAACAAUGCGAAAUCUUAAACCUCAAAAUACAGUUUCUUUUUUUGUUAAAUCAAACUUUAUCUUGAGACAAAUGGACAGAAUAUAUAUUAAGACUUGGGUCCUCUUUAUGAACGCAGUAGUUAAUAUUGUACAAAAAAAGUCUAGUCCUACUCCAUUUGGGUCUUUGUUUUAAUUUGUUAGAACUUGUUUUCCUUUGUGUUCUUGAAAGACUUACUAAUUGCUGUACAUAUCUACAUUCCGAAUAAAAACCCUUUUGGUAAAAAGAUAAGAAAGAAAAGUUGGAUUUUUGACUCAAAUUUUAUUGAAAAAGUAAUGUGUGACAAGAUAUAGUAAUGACAGUGGCAAUAUUUUCCACUCAUUACCAUCACAUUUUAACUCCAAACACAAUCAACCAAUGAGCAGCCUGAUUUCACAUUUACAAAUCAAGUGAAAAUUUUCUUUGAUCAGGUUACCUUAUCACUCCUGAAAAAAAAAAAAA